AUGAAGAGAUUAUCUUCAAUUCACAGACUCCUAUUGCGAAAUAGAUGUGAACCAAAUGAACAGACGCACUUCGGAGAUACUGCAUUGCACCUAGCGUCCUCUCGCAAUCAUUUAGGCGUUGCAAAGGCACUGAUAGAGGCUGGCACCGACAUUACACUCCUCAAUUCUAGAGCUAGAAACGCCAUACAAGAGGCUCAAAUAGAAGGAUCCGAUCUCGUACUCGAUUACUUUACCAAGCUGUUUUUCGAAGGAAAUAACGAGACAAACACGCCAAGUGAAAUUUCUUACACCACAAUUACGCAGACUUCUCGUCUUCCAAAAAAUACUGAACAUAGAAAAACACAAGAAGGACUGACAGAUUGCAGGGGAAAACCUGAGACAUUUGCGGAUCACACAAAACCUAAAAAGUCCAGUAGGUGGUUACAUGAGAUCAGCAACGGAGAGUACGAAUUUUUAGGGUCAUCAGAGGAAGAAAAUGACUUAAGUAGAGUGGACUCAUAUGAGGACCCAAUGGAGAAGUUAAAUAUCGAACCAACAUCCUCAAGUGCACAAAAUAGGCUGAAAUACUUGGAAGAAACUAUCGGAACUUUACUGACAGAUUACCAAAAGACAAAAUCAGAAUUAAAGAGCAUUCAAAAUGAAUUGGAUGAAACGCGAAAUCUGUUAAAAUCUUGUAAACACAAUUCUUGCCAUCAUUGCGGUUCAAGAUAUCAUGAGAAAGCUGUAGCAGACGACACAGCGAAACCUCUGCAGGGCUACCAUGAGACAGAUAGAGGGACAAAUGCCCAGUGUGGCUACCAGAGAAAAGUUGGAUUUGAUAUCCAGCUGUGAUUCAAAUAGCCUACUGUAACCACAAACGGAACUGACGUAUUUCUAUUGUACAGGUACAUGAUGCUACUGAUGACGUAAUAUCUACGCAAAAGCCCAGUACAAUAUACUGUAAAAUUAGUGGAUAUUAAAUAAUAUUAAAUAGACCUUGGUUAAAGAUAUGUUAAAAUCACUGCCAUUGCCAUUAUGUCCAGUCCGGCCUUUAGGUCUUUGUACUGCAUAUAUAGCAUAUUAGUCUACGUGGGUAUUUUUCAUUGUUAUUGAUAGAGCUUUGAUAAAAUCAUGACUUUUAAGUUAUCAAAAUAAUCUGUAGGCGUAAAAGGAGUUUCGAUUGAUUUUUCCCGCAUUACAUGAUAUAAUGUUUUAGAAAUUUAUAAAAAGAACUCAUUUUGAGAUCCUUAAUGCUAAGCUUUCAUUGUAUUUGAAAGUAUGAUUCCAGAACACGUUCUCAACGAGAACUAGGCUAUAGUAGGUGCGUUAAGCUCCAGUAUUAGGGAGUUUUCGAAAGCUCACGAAAACGAUAACAAAUACGGUUACGUCAUCACAUUUUUAGGGACCCCCUCCCCCUACAGUAGCAUGUCUGUCACAGCGUAGGCGAUUUAUGCCUUUCGCAUGAAUGAAGGAUAAUAUUCAGCUCGUACAGUAUAGUAGCAUUGUCAAGAUUGUUUUAGGCACGAAUGACGAUGAGAAUGACGUAUUCGUUAUCGUUUUGGUAAGGUUGCAAAAUCUCCAUAUUAUUAUUAAUCUUUGUACAUAAGAAUAUCGUUAUGCAGUGACAUUAAUGUCAUCACAAUCCUCACUGUCAACAUUCUCCUCAGUAUCAUUAUAAUUAUGCCAAUAUUUAUCUAUCCAAUCUGGUAACACUGUUUUUUUUUUAAUUGUAGGCCUAACCAGUGUUAUAAAAUGUAUGUGUUUUUAUUUUACUAUAAAAUAUUUAUUAUUAUUACUAAAUACUGUAAUUACCAAGUGUAACUCGCCAAAAAUUACUGUAUAUUACUAAUAUGUGUAUUACUAUAUAUAGAGUAUAAGUAAACAAUUACCUGUUUAUAUGACUUGUCAAUUUUACUAUCAAAUAUUUAUUAUUAUUACUAAAUACUGUAAUUACAAAGUGUAACUCGCCAAAAAUUACUGUAUAUUACUAAUAGGUGUAUUACUGUAUAUAGAGUAUAAGUAAACAAUUACCUGUUUAUGACUUGUCAAAAAAAACCCCAAAAACCCACACUUUACAACACAGUUGUAGAGUAACUAGCCAAGAAUUAUAUUACUAUAUGAAUAUUGGUACAAAAAUAUGGUUUAAAAUUCUUUAUCUCGAAUUAAAAAAAAAAAUUAAUGCAAAUUAGCUGCAAUAUGACUAAUCAAUAAAACAAAUUUAAACAAAAGUUAUAUUAUAGGCCUAUACAGUAUAUGUGUUGGCAUUAUUUAUAAAUAUUGAUUUUAUCAUGAUUAUAAGUAUUAUUACAAUGUCUAUUAGGCAUAGUAAUGCAUGGGAAUGCAGAUCGACAAUAAAGAAACAUAUUUAACGUCAAAUCAAAAGUACGUCAUA